CCCUACCAGUAGAGUACAGGAAAACUCUGAGCUAACACGAUGAGUGCUCUAACUAAGAAAAGCGUUCUUUUGGGCUUGAGAGGUUUGAUUUCAGAGUUGAGAAAGUGCAGUCCAACAGGUAAUAUGAAGGAGUCGCUUGUUAUGACGUACAUCUUCGAGCAAUACCGUAACUUUAAGGUGACGGAUGAACAGCUGUGUAAGGCUCAACAGGAGAUGAACUUCUUGGCACAGUCUUAUCAUUGUUAUUUGAGGAGUCUGAGAGAGUAUGAAGAGCUGCACAGUCAAUAUUUGAGCAAGGGUGAACGCACAGUCAAGCAAACGGCCGACUUGGUUGGCUUCAAACUUCCACAUGAUGCUAAGUAAAUGUUGGAAAUGUGCAUUUCAGUAGUCGAUAUUGUACCUGAUCUGUACAGUCUUUAAUUAUUCUCAUUGGUUAAAUCUUAUGUUCUGUUGAUUGGGAUAUAGUUACGCUUUACAAAUUUUUUCUAUUAAGAAAUAGUGUCAUAAAGUAUAAAGCUUGUUAAACUUGUAUCGAUUCAAAUUUACUGCGGUUGAAACUUGAGUUAUCUUUCAAUUAAAAUGAAAAAGUUUGUAA